CUGACACAGCGAUAGUUUCUUGUGUUUCUUUCUUCUUAUAUGAGUCAUUUGUUAUUUUCAGCAGUGUGACAUUAAUUUCCAUUUUGGUCAUUUAGUUUAUACUAGAGUGAUUUACAGUCAGUGCAUUCAGAUAAGGUUUAAGGGUCUCUUUGAUGGCAAAAUUUGCCUGCAAGAAGGACGGCCGCGCCACCUUCCUUUUCAAGUGAGAAGAGCACAACAAGGGUGACAUCAUCACCACAAACACUCCAGACACGAGAAAGGAGCAGGUGAAGAUGUCUCUGAAGAACACCAAAACAUGGUCCAGAGUACUUGUACCUGUGGUGCUGCUGCUGUGCUGUGUGUCCUACUACUAUUCACAUUUCUUCCUUCAGAGUAGCGAAGGGGCUUUCAGUAAGGCCCUCUGUGACAGCUGGAAUAUCUCUCAGAAGUGGGAGAGACUCAACUUCAAUGUGAGCAGGAAUGCUCAACUUUUCUUGAAGCUGGAGGAUUUCUUCUGGCGACGCUACUUGUCCACGUUAGCCUUGCCUUAUGGUGUUAAGGGCAGUGAGCUUUUUCUCGUGAAAGCAUUGGCAGCCAUGGCUAGCUAUGACAUGCCUGAGAGGAUAAAACAUUUGCCUUGCAAAACCUGCAUGGUGGUUGGAAAUGGGUUCGCGAUCAAGAACACCUCGUUAGGAAGUGCCAUUAACAAGUAUGACAUAGUGAUCAGGUUGAACGAUGCCCCAGUUCGGGGGUAUGAGGCCGACGUGGGGAACAAGACUACCAUGCGCCUCUUCUACCCUGAGUCGGCUUCCUACAACCCCAGCAUCCACAAUGACCCUGACACCCUCAUGGUCCUUGUACCUUUCAAGCAGCAGGACGUGCGCUGGCUCAAAGAGAUCCUGUACAAUGAGAAGAGGAUCAGAAAGGGCUUCUGGAAACCCCCUCCUGAGAUCUGGUUGGGUAAAACCAGCCACAUCCGAAUCCUGGACCCCUACUUCCUGCAGCAAACGGCCAGCCGCAUGCUCCGCUUGCCUCUCAACACACCUCCAAAGACCAACCAGAUCCCAGCGCAUCCUACAACUGGCAUUCUGGCCAUCUACGUGGCCCUUAACUACUGUGACGUGAUCCACAUCGCUGGAUUUGGCUACCCAGAGUCUAAAGACCUGAAGCACCCCAUUCACUACUAUGGCUAUGACACCAUGAAGUCUAUGAAGAAUUCGUACCACAACCUGUCCCAUGAGGUGAAAGCUCUGAAGCGACUAGAGGACUCUGGUGCUGUUGUAUACCUACACCCUCACUCCUGACCAAUGCAACACUAAGAGUAGUGCACAAGUAAAUGAUACAAUUAUAUAUAAUAUAUUAUAAACUGGGUGGUUCGAGCCCUGAAUGCUGAUAGGCUGACAGCCGUGGUAUAACAUUCGCAUACAUUUCCAUAUGGGUGGCCCCAGCGGGAAUCAAACCCACGAUCCAGACUACUGUACCAACUGAGCUACACAGGAAGACAGUUGGGACACUGAAAAAGGACUUCCCUUGCCUACACGCCUUUAUCACAAUCUGAUAAACAUCCAGUGUGUUUUAGGGAUUAACAUGGGUAUCCGGGAUCUCGGGACUGUCCCAGGAGAACUCUUCACACAGUAGCGGUGGGUGGGGAAAAUCACUUGGGAAGCCAAGGCAGGAGAAAAAAGCCAUAUUACAUAGUCGGAAGUUUACAUACACCUUAGCCAAAUACAUUUAAACUCAGUUUUUCACAAUUCCUGAUAUUUAAUCUGAGUAAAAGUUCCCUGUUUUAGGUCAGUUAGGAUCACCACUUAAUUUUAAGAAUGUGAAAUGUUAGAAUAAUAGGAGAGAAAAUGAUUUAUUUCAGCGGGUCAGAGGUUUACAUACGCUCAAUUAGUAUUUGGUAGCAUUGCCUUGAAAUUGUUUAACUUGGGUCAAACGUUUUGGGUAGCCUUCCACAAGCUUCCCACAAUAAGUUGGGUGAAUUUUGGCCCAUUCCUCCUGACAGAGCUGGGGUAACUGAGUCAGGUUUGUAGGCCUUCUUGCUCGCAUACGCUUUUUCAGUUCUGCCCACAAAUUUUCUAUAGGAUUGAGGUCAGGGCUUUGUGAUGGCCACUCCAAUUCUGUGACUUUGUUGUCCUUAAGCCAUUUUGCCACAACUUUGGAAGUAUACUUGGGGUCAUUGUCCAUUUGGAAGAUCCAUUUGUGACCAAGAUUUAACUUCCUGACUAAUGUCUUGAGAUGUUGCUUCAAAAUAUCCACAUAAUUUUCCAUUCUGAUGAUGCCAUCUAUUUUGUGAAGUGCACCAGUCCCUCCUGCAGCAAAGCACCCCCCCCCCUCUUUCAUCUCUAGGAGACAGAAUGCGUCUCCUUCCUGAGUGGUAUGACGGCUGCAUGGUCCCAUGGUGUUUAUACUUGCAUACUAUUGUUUGUACAGUUGAACGUGGUACCUUCAGGUGUUUGGAAAUUGCUCCCAAGGAUAAACCAGACUUGUGGAGGUCUACAAUUCUUUUUCUGAUGUCUUGGCUGAUUUCUUUUGAUUUUCCCAUGAGGUCAAGCAAAGAGGCACUGAGUUUGAAGGUAGGCCUUGAAAUACAUCCACAGGUACAGUUCCAAUUGACUCAUUAUGUCAAUUAGCCUAUCAGAAGCUUCUAAAGCCAUGAUAUAAUUUUCUGUAAUUUUCCAAGCUGUUUAAAGGCACAGUCAACUUAGUGUAUGUAAACUUCUGACCCACUGGAAUUGUGAUACAAUGAAUUAUAAGUGAAAUAAUCUGUCUGUAAACGAUUGUUGGAAAAAUGUCUUGUGUCAUGCACAAAGUAGAUUUCCUAACCGACUUGCCAAAACUAUAGUUUGUGAACAAGAAAUUUGUGGAUUGGUUGAAAAACGAGUUUUAAUGACUCCAACCUAAGUGUAUGUAAACUUCCGACUUGUGUGUUGUUGUAAUUGCGGUGUUGUCUCUAAAUACUGCCAGAGCCCUGCAAAAUGACCUCCAGCAGGCCACAAAUGUGCAUGUGUCAGCAUAUGGUCUCACAAGGGGUCUGAGGAUCUCAUCUCGGUACCUAAUGGCAGUCAGGCUACCUCUGGCGAGCAAAUGGAGGGCUGUGCGGCCCCACAAAGAAAUGCCACCCCACACCAUGACUGACCCACCGCCAAACCGGUUAUGCUGGAGGAUGUUGCAGGCAGCAGAACGUUCUCCACGGCGUCUCCAGACUCUGUUACGUCUGUCCCAUGUGCUCAGUGUGAACCUGCUUUCAUCUGUGAAGAGCACAGGGCGCAAGUGGCGAAUUUGCCAAUCUUGGUGUUCUCUGGCAAAAGCCAAACGUCCUGCACGGUGUUGGGCUGUAAGCACAACCCCCCCCCUGUGGACCUCGGGCCCUCAUACCACUCUCAUGGAGUCUGUUUCUGACCGUUUGAGCAGACACAUGCACAUUUGUGGCCUGCUGGAGGUCAUUUUGCAGGGCUCUGGCAGUGCACCUCCUUGCACAAAGGCGGAGGUAGCGGUCCUGCUGCUGGGUUGUUGCCCUCCUACGGCCUCCUCCAUGUCUCCUGAUGUACUGGCCUGUCUCCUGGUAGCACCUCCAUGCUCUGGACGCUACGCUGACAGACACAACAAACCUUUUUGCCACAGCUCGCAUUGAUGUGCCAUCCUGGAUGAGCUGCACUACCUGAGCCACUUGUGUGGGUUGUAGACUCCGUCUCAUGCUACCACUAGAGUGAAAGCACCGCCAGCAUUCAAAAGUGACCAAAACAUCAGCCAGGAAGCAUAGGAACUGAGAAGUGGUGUGUGGUCACCACCUGCAGAACCAUUCCUUUUUGGGCGGUGUCUUACUAAUUGCCUAUAAUUUCCACCUUUUGUCUAUUCCAUUUGCACAAAAGCAUGUGACAUUUAUUGUCAAUCAGUGUUGCUUCCUAAGUGGACAGUUUGAUUUCACAGAAGUGUGAUUGACUUGGAGUUACAUUGUGUUGUUUAAGUGUUCCCUUUAUUUUUUUGAGCAGUGUAUAACUUUUUUGUAAAAACUCAACUCGUCGUGUUUGGAGGACAAAGAAUGCUGAGCUGCAUCCAAAGAACACCAUACCUACUGUGAAGCAUGGGGUUGGAAACAUCAUGCUUUGGGGCUGUUUUUCUGCAAAGGGACCAGGACGACUGAUCCGUGUAAAGGAAAGAAUGAAUGGGGCAAUGUAUCGUGAGAUUUUGAGUGAAAACCUCCUUCCAUCAGCAAGGGCAUUGAAGAUGAAACGUGGAUGGGUCUUUCAGCAUGACAAUGAUCCCAAACACACCGCACGGGCAACGAAGGAGUGGCUUCGUAAGAAGCAUUUCAAGGUCCUGGAGUUGCCUAGCCAGUCUCCAGAUCUCAACCCCAUAGAAAAUCUUUGGAGGGAGUUGAAAGUCCGUGUUGCCCAGGAACAGCCCCAAAACAUUACUACUCUAGAAGAGAUCUGUAUGGAGGAAUGGGCCGAAAUACCAGCAACAGUGUGUGAAAACCUUGUUAUAUACCUUGCCAACAAAGGGUAUAUAACAAAGUAUUGAGAAACUUUUGUUAUUGACCAAAUACUUAUUUUCCACCAUAAUUUGCAAAUAAAUUCAUAAAAAAUCCUACAAUGUGAUUUUCU